AUGCCCUAUCCAACCCUUAACUGGGCCUCAUGGUCGUACGGAAUCGCCGUUCUCUCCACCUUCUUCUCCUUUUUUGUCCUCCUUGCAUUUGAGUCCACCUGGCGAGAGGCUAAACGAACCCUGGAAACAGCAGGCUAUGAAUUCCCCAUGUCUGCAGUGCUUCGAAAACGUGAAAAGAAGGCUCUGAUUCAGGCCCAGGAAAAAGCAGCCGAGGUCACUGCCCUCGAACCGCUGGUUCAAGACGCCCUCCAGGUGGGAGUUCCGCUCUCCGAUAUGCCUGUCAAGACUUCCGCAUCCGUUAUCGGCGGCAAACCGGAGUCAGAGGUGUCUGUCGGGAGUACCAUUCGAUCCCGACGGGAUCCUCGAUUAGGGUAUCAACCUGGGGUGGCUACGGCUUCCAUGCUAUCGGGAAAACUUUAA